UUCAUAUUUGUGUAAAUUCAUCAAACACGUGAUUUUUUGCGCUCAUCUCAGAGGGGUUUUGUAGGUUCACUUUGGCAGCCGUACCUGUCUCCAAAAAGGGUAACAUCCAAUAACCCUUUGUUCUCACAAUUGGAUUUGCAUCGUAUCCAAUGCAUGGGCGCCUAUCUGCUGCCUUUUGACAAAUAUCAAGUCAGCCGUGGCUGAGCAGGCUUUCCCCUCCCUCCUCAUCUCUUGCAUUGAUAACAAUCUACACUGGUGCUAUGGCUCCCAAACGGAAACCUUCGUGGCAAUAUCCCGCCCUUGCGCCGUCUUCUGGUGAUCCGCGGUCAUCACAACCCCAACCCUCGAACUCUUCACUUCCCCAGAUUCGUUUCACAAGGGCUCGGACAGGCCAAAUCCAUGAUAACACCAGCUAUGAUCAGCUUGAUGGUCCCCAUCUCCAGCCUCCCGGGGUCCGAUCUACUCCGCAAUCCUCCAGCGGGUCUAAGGGUUCGGAACGGCGGAUAUCUCCAGGGCGUCCUGUAACAGAGCUUCUCCGCAGAAGCCCCGAUCCAGACCUAUCGAGCGCACCCAAUCUCACGAAGUUUGUACCGACUAUGCCCAGCCACGCAUCUCCGGGUGGUUCCAGGCCGUCGUUAUCUCGCCCCUCCUUCCCGGGGAGUAUAGACAACCGCCACUCGACUUCUACAAUACAACCCAUUUAUGACCCCCGUGCAAUCCUCAAUGCACACGAAAAAUACAUGGAUAUGGAUACGGACACCAGUGUGCUGUCUCCUCCGUCGGGGGAAACAUCAUCGUCGUCCGCUAUCCCAGCUGGUGGUAGAAAGGAAACGGCUAUCAGCGUCACCAUAUCCAUGCUUCGAUCUGCAUCCUCUGCUUUCAAAAUCUCGCCUGUCCCAUAUGCCAGCCAAAUUUUGGAUUCCCUUGUGACGUUGCUCCAAGGUUAUGAGACCAUUGACAGCAAUAAUAAAAAUCUCGAGGGCCUUCAUGAUGAGGUCCGUAAAGCUUACAUCACCAUAUUGCGCCCACUUCAGCUCUGUACGAGCCAAAUCCCGCCCGAAGUGAUUUUCCUAUUUAAAGAAUUCCACUCCACUUUGGAAGGCCAGGUUAAGCGCAUCGAAUCCCUGAAAAGUCUGAAGCGUUUGGUGAAAUUCAUAUCGGCCACAAAGAUAGCUCGGGACAUAAGUGAUGUAAAGACGUGUAUCAAUACGGCGAUUGUUUCGCGGAGGCAACGACGUUGAACCUCCUUCAGACAAUUCAAUCAUCAGGGCAAUUGGAGUUGUCAAGACUGAAGCCCGCAUCUGCUCAGUACAUUCAUGUGAAGAGCAAGUCAGAGUGCCUCCCAAC